AUGGAGUCUACUCUGGGGUUUUUGCCAACCCCAAAGCGCCCAGAGCUGCCAACGGAUCUGUCGUUGCUUGAGGCCUCCUCCCAAGUGGAGGAGGGUGACAGGUCCAUCGGGUGCACCAUGGAAGAGAUGGUCCUACCGAGCUUCGAGUCGUUCCGCUCCUGGGAGGUGCCGCUCUCUGGCGAGCCUCCGCGGAUGCCCAACCGCAUGCUGCACGAGUAUCAUCUCUACCGCUUGCGAGGCGCUUUGACCAGGAUUGACCGGAAGCGAGGAGCUUUUGCCAAGGAAAUUUAUUCCUGCCGAGGUGAAGAGGCUCCUACAACUCCGUGGUCUUCAUGGGCAUUGGAUAUCAAAAGGAAGUUCACAGCUUUGCUGGCGUGA